GUGUGGAAUCGUGGAGUUGAUGGGAGGGAGAGGGAGGUAAGACGGUGGGCGAGGGGAUAGAACAACUACCCGAAGGCCCCCGUUCGAGGAGUAUCCCGUUCGUUGUGCUGCGAGGACGUCAAUUUUUUUUUCUCACUCGCCGGCUCUCCCAUAUCUUCAACUUGAUUUUCACUUUUGAUCUUUCGACUCCGUAUGGAACAGCUGUAUCAGUCGAUUCCUCGACAUUAAAAUGCGGAAGAGAGCCCCGUCAAACAAAUACAAUGCACUGACGAGCUACUAAAAUUUUUCAACACGUGUGAAAACAGAUAAUUUUUAAAAAAAAGUACGAAGAUGGAAUUGUGUCGGCAUUGACUGGUAAAUGCCAUUGUGCAGUUAAUUUCUCGGUGGAGUUGAAGACAGGAAGAGGAUUCACUCGUGUGUCAUGGGCGGACUUUAGACGGCAGAACGAAAUAAUGAAUGGUACACGAAUUUUCUUGGAAGAAUAAGUGUCAUGCACUAAUGAACAAUUGACAUUGAACAAUGUGAAAUAGUGAGAGAGAAUACAAAUUGAACAAUUGGAAUUUGGAGUGUAUUUAGGAUCAUGUGAAAGUCUGCAAACGAUAACAAAUAUUUCCUCUGAUAACAGACACUUUGUUUCUCCAUCUCUGGUUACUGCAACAAUUAACACUCGAACGAUUUACGAUUGGACAUCGUUCGGGUCUAUUGGACACUGAUAGCACUAUCGUUUCCAACAACCAUAGUGGAAGAAUGAACACAACGGACGGGUGACAAUAGACAGUCAAUAGUUCGACGUCUCAGUGCGGUGACAACAAGAAGAUAUGGAGAAUUCCGAGUCAUUGAUACUUUCGAAUCAAACAGCCCAGUCGUUAUUGCUGGUUAAAAUUGGGGCAAUGUUUAUUCUGGGACUGGGCUCGUUGGGAUUGGGAAUGUUACCACUUGCUGUUGGCCAUUGUAGAUUGAAGAGAAGACAAAAGUGUGCAUUAUCGAGUACGUCGAGUACAUCGACUAACGCCUCAUCGACAGUUGAUACUUCGGCUCAAGGUUUGCUGACCUCCUUACUCCUCUGCUUCGGUGGAGGUGUUUUACUAUUCACGACAUUUCUCCAUCUGGCCCCCGAGGUCCGCCAGAGUGUCGAGCGUCACCAGUUGAAUGGGCAACUGUACACAAUCGGCACCCUCAGCAUGGCUGAGCUGCUAUUCUGCAUCGGUUUUUUCCUCGUUUAUCUCGUGGAGGAGACGGUGCACGUCACGUUAACGAGUAAAUCAGAGAGAUCGGAGGAUCUUUUGUACAGAACCGUGUCAAUACGCAGAUGUUGUAACAAACAGUUACCAACACCUGUCUCCAUAACUACCAUGUCUAGCACAGCUGACAAAUCAUGCUCAUCCUCGUGGGAAGCAAGUGUCACUUGCAGACACGACGAUGUGGAGAGAAGAGAUAUAAGUGGUCUUCCAGAAUUGAAAAAUCAUCGCAGAAGAAGUAAAAACGAGCAAACAUUGCCAGUUGUCUUUGUCCAGUCGUCAACGGAUCCAAUGACUGAUGCUGGUCGCGAGGAGGAUCGUUUCGUGGCACCUCAGAGCAUUCCAGCAUGUGCUGAACCCCACAAGGUUCAUCAUCACACGGACACAUCGGCUCGAGGAUUGCUCACAGUCGUAGCGUUAUCCUUUCACGCGGUAUUUGAGGGCCUCGCGGUGGGUCUAGAACCCGCUGUCACCUCUGUUGUCUAUCUGACAGCAGCAAUCGCCACACACAAACUCGUCAUUGCUUUCUGCGUUGGCAUGGAACUCUACGUAGCAGGGGCACCCAAGAAAACCAUUCUUGGGUAUCUCUCGGUUUUGUCCAUGGUGACACCUCUGGGCAUCAUCAUUGGAGUUGCUCUGGGGUAUUUUAAGAAUAAUAGUGAUGAUAAUCUUGGACCAAUUCCUACUAUACUUCAGGGGAUGGCUGCUGGGACACUUCUUUAUGUCGUAUUCUUCGAAGUUCUGGCGAGAGAACGGGCUAAUGAUAAGAGUGGAUUGCUACAAUUGGUGGCGAUAAUCGUAGGAUUUACGCUCAUGCUCGGACUUCAAUUACUUACAUCCCACGCUCAUUCGCAUAGUCAUAGCCACGGACACUCGCAUGGGCAUUCCCACGAGGGUGAGGAAAGUCUCGAAUCGGAACAUCAUCACGAUCACGGCGAUGGAGAACACGUACACGCCAUCACCGAUACAAUCGAUAGAUUGUCUUCGACAGUGGCGGAAGCUGUGACUAAAGCUAUCAUGACUUCAAAAACUGAGUCAUGAGUUCGCGACAAAACCGUUCAUUGGUGAAAUUAUAAAACGAGACUUGUCAGUUCUGAAGAGUCUAAUUUUUGUUAAGCAUCCGAAAAAUUGAAAAAAAUGGCCAAAUUUUAGAGAAGAAUUUUCUCGAAUUUAGGUUUAGGAAUAUUCAUGAGAAAAGACUUGGCACUUCUCGUUUUAUCUCUUUGUCACUGAUGUGAAAAUAUUCCACGAAUUUCAAUUGCUUCAAGGACCUCCUGAAGUGUUUACUCAUAGGCAUUAGUUCCUAGGUACGAGACAAAGGAUAAUUUUUUCAGAAGAAAAUAAGAAUUGUUAAACCUGUACAGAUUGUUAUCGUCCUUCUAGGCAGCUGUGCUCAUUUUUGUGACAUAGUUCACCGCAUUUAUAGGUUUUAAUUGACUCAUUUCACGUUCAUUGUGAUAAUGAUCCUCCCCGGAGGAUGCUGAUUCAUAGGCCCCGAGGAGUUAACAUUAAGGACUAAAAUAUUUUUGUAAUAGAACGAUGUUUGAGGUGUAUGAAUUAGACUGACAAUAGUAAUGAACACAUGCCUGGAGGGAUUGCCCCGGGACUGUGUUCUAUUGUACAUAAUGCAUCAGUUGAAGUAUUUUUCUUCCAUCGUUAGUAUAUAACUUACAAUAUCUUUUAUGAAUACAUCGGUAUAUUAUUUAUACUUUAAUUAUUCACUAGGGUAAUUUUAUUUUAUGUUAUUCACGCCAUCGUUCAAACUAUGAAAAAUUAAUUUCAUGUGAUCAACAAAAAAAGAAGUGAAAGUCUAGAGUUAUUAUCAUAAUUCUCCGAAUGAAUGAACAUUUAAUUCAAAGCCAAUUUGAUUUUUCAGUGAAAUCGAUCGAACCAAAUCGAUCAAUUUGACCGUCCUGAAUGCGCAAAAGUACAAAUUGCAAGUACGAAUGAAAAUAAAAAAAAAUCAAUUGUACACAACAAUAAAGAAUUUUAUUAUUAUAGUUCAUAAUAA